CGCGAACGUUCUUUGGACUUUGGAGUAACUUUCGUUCCAACAUUUUAUUCAAUUCCUAGCCGUUUAGAAGUGCUGUCUUAUCUGUUUUAUAGUCAUUUAUUUUAUUUCAAAGUAGUUAAAGUAUUUUAAUAAUAUUUAUAUAUAAAACAAUGAUCCAUUUCGGAAUAAUCGCUCGAAACUUUUCGAGUACUGCGGCUGUGCAAAGCGCGAUUAAAAAUGUGACGGUGAUCGGAGGUGGUCUUAUGGGAUCGGGAAUAGCACAGGUUGCUGCUCAAGCUGGUCAAAAUGUGACACUCGUGGACGUUAACAAUGAUGUCCUCACCAAAGCACAAAAGUCUAUUACCAACAACCUGGGCAGGGUUGCCAAGAAAAUCUACAAAGACAACCCUCAGGAAGGAGAAAAGUUUGUAGCUGGUGCGUUAUCCAAGAUCAAGACUAAUACUGACCCUGUAGCUGCUGUGAAAGAAACAGACUUGGUAGUAGAAGCCAUUGUAGAGAACAUGAAAGUCAAACAUGAUCUCUUCAAAAAACUGGAUGAGGCAGCACCAUCUCACACAAUAUUUGCUUCCAACACAUCUUCCCUGUCAAUUAACGAAAUCGGCAGUGUUGUUAAGAGGAAAGACAAGUUUGGUGGUCUUCACUUCUUUAACCCGGUGCCCGUGAUGCGUCUACUGGAGGUGAUCCGAGGUGCAGACACGUCCGAGGAGACAUACUCGGCAAUGAUGCAGUGGGGAAAGAGUGUCGGCAAGACCUGUGUCACCUGCAAGGACACACCCGGAUUUGUUGUCAACAGGCUUCUGGUCCCUUAUAUCGCUGAGGCUAUAAGGCUGUAUGAGAGAGGCGACGCGUCAGCUCGCGACAUCGAUAUUGCCAUGAAGUUGGGCGCCGGCUACCCCAUGGGGCCGCUGGAGCUGGCCGACUACGUAGGGCUGGACACCAACAAGUUCAUCCUCGACGGCUGGCACGCCAAGUACCCCAACGAACCCCUCUUCAACCCCAUCCCUGUGCUCAACAAGUUGGUCGCUGAAGGAAAACUGGGGGUAAAGACCGGAGAAGGUUUCUACAAGUAUGACAAGAAAUAACCGUUGUACCUCCAACAAAUACCUCGUAUUAGCCGGCCCCUAGACGAUAGUAUUGUGCAAUAUCACGCUUCAAAUUGAACAGUUUAUUUGUAG